UCUCGGCAUUCAUUUACGUUACCUUGCUGUAGUGGGGGCCACAUGAGCGCGCUCCUACGCAUUUACGUAAUCGAGCAAAGAUCUGCCGCGUGUUGGGUGCGCCUGGAUCGCCUGCGUUUUUCAACAUUUUAGGGCAGCCCACGAGUCGCUCCAGCAUGGCGCUGACCCCGCUCCGAGCCAUGUGUAGGAGCCUGCCGACGCUGCGGCAGCAGGUGCCAACGCUGACGGCCCAGUACCAUGCCAAGGUGAUUGACCACUACGAGAACCCGCGCAAUGUCGGCUCCCUGGACAAGGACGACAAGAGCGUGGGCACUGGCCUGGUGGGCGCGCCCGCCUGCGGGGAUGUCAUGAAGCUGCAGAUCAAGGUGGAUGAGAACGGGAAGAUCGUGGACGCCAAGUUCAAGACGUUCGGCUGCGGGUCCGCUAUCGCCUCUAGCUCGCUCGCCACGGAGUGGAUCAAGGGCAAGACGGUCGGCGAUGCCGGCAGGCUGAAGAACACGGACAUCGCCAAGGAGCUCUCCCUGCCUCCUGUCAAGCUGCACUGCUCCAUGCUGGCAGAGGACGCCAUCAAGGCGGCUCUCAACGAUUACAAGGUCAAGCAGUCGUCUGUCAGCGACGCCAAGGCCGAGUAGCGCCGGCCGGCCGUUCCUGCUGUAGCGCCAGUAGGUUGUGACACCGCGGGAGAGGUCGCCCGCCGGCCGGCAGCAGUCGGACCCUGCUGUUGUCACGUGACGUGCUGGUGGCGCUGUCCACCGGAGCGAGGCCGCCUCCCUGCCUGCUGCGGCCGCUUGGGUCACUGGCCGCUGUCGGAGGAGAUGCGCGAGAGCUCGGGCUCGGGGAGACGCAGCGUUGAUGAGACUCGAGUGUUGUGGGGAUGUUGGUUGCACGAUGGGACUCCCCGGGAGUCUUAUGGAUUGCUACGGCCAGCAUCGUGCUACGUUUUCCGUUGCAACGUGAGUAGUCAUCAUGUGAUAGAUAACGAGUAUAUUGGGCAGCGUGAGCAAGUGAAGCUGCAAUGUUUUGUUGGUCUGUCGCAUUUCAGCCUAAAUACACGAGGUGGUCUGAGAA